AUGGAAGAAAAACAAGGACAACCCUUUGAUCCUGCAGAUUGUUUGAUGCGUGCUGUGGCUGAUGUCAUUUGUGGCAUUACCUUUGGAGAAGGUUAUGACACAACCAAUCCGGAUUUGAACAAGCUUUUGAAACUAAACAUAGAAUCGAUAGCUAAUGCUGCUGAUACUCAGUUGGCCUUAGCUUUAGAUUUCUUCCCAGUGGCACAGUACUUACCACUCAAGGUUUAUGAACGCUUUCUCAGGCCCAGUUUUGAAAUUUUUGAUAUAAUCCGCAAAUUUCUGAGUGAACGCAAAAAGACUUUUGAUCCAGAGCGACCAGUAAAAGAUUUGAUCACAGGUCUCCUUCAUGCCAAACUUGAAGCUGAAAGUGAGAGCAAUGAAGAUAGAUCCGCCCUCCUUACUGACGACUACUUCAUCAACACGAUUGAAGAUAUGUUCGCAGGAGGCUAUGAAACUACAAGCACGACCAUGAAAUGGGUUCUAGCAUUCUUGGUUAACUACCCAAAGUACCAAGAAGCUAUUCACCGCCAGUUAGAUGAAGUAAUUGGUGACCAGGCUCCUUCUUUAAACGACCGAUCACGUCUGCCUCUCAUCCAAGCAACCAUUAUUGAAACCCUGCGAGUUGGAAACGUGGUGCCUCUUGCAAUUCCUCACGUUACGGUCACAGAUACAACUCUCUGUGGAUACAGAGUUCCUAAAAAUACCAUGGUCUUUGUUGAUACAGAAUCCGUUCAUUUAGAUCCCAAAUGCUGGGACGAUCCCACUGUGUUUAACCCUUACCGCCACAUUGACGAAGACGGGAAGUUGAUUACCAACCAAGGUAUUUUUUUUUCCUUUUGGAGCUGGACGCCGGGUUUGUGCUGGUGA